AUGGCGGCUAUAAUCCACAUUCCGUCACCUUUGCUUCCUGCUCCGCCAUCAUGGUAUCCGGGACACAUGAUGAAGUUCACUCGAAUGCUCCCUUCUCUACUUACUCGUACAGACGUAGUUAUCGAAAUCAGGGACUCGCGUCUUCCUUUAACUAGCAUCAACAAAUCAUUGGAAGCUGCUCUUAGGAAAUGGAGACUUGAGCGUGGCUGGGAUGCAAAUGACCCAACACGCAGGAUAAUCAAUGCUGGUCCAUGUGAACGCUUAGUUGUUUUGAACAAAAGGGAUCUAGUACCUGAGUGGGGAAUGGAACCUUUUCGCCUCGCAAUGACGAAAAAGUGCCCGGACCAGCAAAUCAUCUUUGCUUCGUGGCAUAGGCCUCGAGAUAUACGAGACCUCAAUAAGACAUUGGUAGAUAUAGCCCGUAGGUAUCCUCAUACUCCGGAACUUAAUGUCUUGGUCAUUGGCAUGCCUAACGUUGGUAAAUCCACUCUACUGAAUGCCCUCAGAAGUAUGGGUAUCAAAGGAAAGACUCCGAAGGCGUUCAAAACUUCCGCUCAACCCGGCCUAACCCAGGCAAUAUCUACCAGACUGAAGCUUUCGUUAGACCCCUUGGUGUAUGCCUUCGAUACACCGGGCGUUAUGCUUCCUUUCCUCGGCCAGGGGGCUAGUGGAGCCGAAAGAGGUGUCAAAUUAGCCCUAAUAGCUGGUAUCAAGGAAGGUCUGUACGACAUGGAUACCUUGGCUUCGUAUUUGCUCUACCGUCUCAACGUGUUAGAUCCUAUUUCGCCAGCCUACUUGACACUGUUACCGGAGGGUACACAGCCAAUAAUUGAUCUGGAUGUAUUUUUGUCCAAAAUUGCUCAACGGAUGGGGAUGAUCAAACGCGGUGCGGAGCUGGACCUCUCACGGGCGGCUACGUAUUUUGUCAGGUGGUGGAGAGAGGAAGGCGGUCUUCUGGCUGCUUCUUCUAAUCUACAAACCCUUUCUCGUCCUUUGUUUGUCACCAAUGAGAAAGGGGCAAUUACAAACGAAGAGAAUUUCUCUGUCGCUCACGGCUGGGGAUUCGAUUUCGAGUGGCGGAUAUCUCCAAAUGAUUUCCACGAUGUAAAUCAAAAAGUGGUCGAAUCUGAUGUGGCUUCCUUUGUGCAGCUGAAAAUGGAGGAGUGCAUUGGAAACUAUCUGGUUCAGUCGGAGAGGGAAGACCGAGAUGAAACUAAUAUCAGUGCCACACAACGCAAGAAACAAUUGACGAUGGAGGAAAAGGCCAGGAGGAGGACCAAGUACGCGAGAACAAGUCGGUGA